AUUUUGUUCAAAUUAGUUUAAUAACACUGGUUUUGAUUUAUACCCCCAUUGCACAUUUUCCAUUUGAUUGUUUGUUUCAAUAUUCAUCGAUAAAGAUGAUAAUUAAGACCAUUUGGUCUUUAAUAAUAUAAACUAUUUUAUCCUAAGGAUAAAUUAUGAGAUAUAAGUUUUGCUCCAAAUUCUUGUUCCUGUUCGUUAUCUUUCUUGACCUGUUUUGUAGCAAUUCUCUCUGUGCUCCCAUUUCAGAUUUUGUUAAACCAGAUACACCCCCGAAGUUUUUUGCCAUAGAUAUUGAUGGUACAUUCUAUAUAAAUGAUGAAACAAAGUUUAAGAGAAACGUCAAAGCACUAAAACUACUCAAAGAUAAGAAUGUUACACCCUUUUUCUGUACAGGCAGAAGCUUCAAUGCCGUCAAAAAAAUCUUCGGUGCAGAGUUUCAGAAUGAAUCUUCAUACAAACUACUCCCAGGCAUAUAUUCUAAUGGCUCACUAAUUUACAACAGCUAUGGGAUUUUAAUACAUAAAUCGGUUUUCAAAAGUGAUUUUAUCGAAAAAUUCAUACAGUUUGUAAAUGAUAAAAGGUAUAGAAAUCAUGUCGUGUUUUUCGGUGUUGUAGAUAUAUUUUCACUCGAAUCUUCAGUGGAUCCUAAAGAUGAAUUAACACUAGAUCUAGACCCUAUUGUUAAAUCUGACGCUCAGAUUAAAAAUGAGGACAUCACUGGAAUUCGAAUUAAAAAAAUCGAUAUCACCGUUGCAGGUUCGUCUGAGGAUACAGAUUAUGUAAAAUUUGAUGAGGGAGAUGUUACUGUUUUAUUUCCUGAGAAAUCAUUAAAAGAUUUAUCCCUUAAAAAAUUAGUUGAAAGCAUGGGUGGUAAAAUAAGUGAGUGCACAUAUAUCGGCAACGAGCUAAAUGAUUUAAAAGUCAUGUCGUUCCCUGAUAUACUGUCGUUUGCUGUUGGAGAUGCAAUUGACAAGAUUAAGGAUAUAGCUAAGUGGGUGUUGGAUUUAAAACACGACGAGUGUGCCUUUGAGAAAGUUGUAGACCUCUUGUACGGUGAAGAAAGUUAACGUAUAUUUAUCGGAUCACUUCCAUUACAAAUCGAUAGAAUUUGUAGUAUAAAAAUGUAAAAUUAAAAUCUCAUUUAAAAUUUAAAAUUUAAAUUUUAAAGUUUAACAUUUCAGUCAUUACACGUUCC